UUUUUUAAAAAGAAAAACAAAAAGUAUCAUCCGUUUAUACGGUAUAAUGGAUGAUAAUAAAUUUUUACCAAAAUUAUCACAAAAUUUGCUUGAACUUUUAGAUGACGAUGAAUUUUAUGAUGUAACAAUUGAAGUUGGUAGUGACCCAUACGUAAAAAUAUUUCGUGCUCAUAUGAAUAUAUUAAAUUAUCGUUCUCCUUAUUUUCGUAAAAUUUUAUCUGAUAAAAAUAAAAGUCAUGGAACUUUGACACAUAUUAAAUUAUCAGAUGUUUUACCUGAAAUUUUUCAAAUAAUUUUAAGGUAUAUUUAUGGUGGAAAACUUUUUUCUGAUGAAUAUACUAAUUUUUCAGUUUUCUUUAAAACCUUGGUUGCUGCUAGCGAAUUUGACCUUCAAGAAUUGAUAAGAUAUUCAAUUCAAAUAAUUUUUCUUCGAUUCCGGAAAAUAUUUUGAUUUCUCUUAUUCAAAAUAAUAAUCUUAAAACGAAUGAAGUUCAAAUUUGGAAUCAUGUUCUUAAAUGGGGACUCGAUCAAAAUCCAGGACUUCCUUCUGAUCCUGAAAGCUUUUCUGAGGAUGAUUUUAAUACAUUAAAAAAUACUUUACAACAAUGUAUUCCUUUAAUUAAGUUCGAUAAUUUUAGUUCAAAAGAAUUUUUAGAUAAUGUAUUUCCUUAUAGAGAAAUUCUACCCGAGGCAUUAUUUAUUGAUUUAAUAA